AUGAGUAGCUUCAUCUCUUCGCUGUUCACUAACCUCGGACUUCUCAAUCGGGAACCUCCCCGCCACUCUCAGCUUCAACAAUCCGACUCCCCUCCAAGCGGACCAACAAAGCCUUCCUCACACAUCCAUGUCGACCAUAUUUCGGGUCACACAUUCCUAGAUUCUGUCGAGUCUGAAUCGGUCAUCGGAGAUGCAGGGACAUUACCCAGUCCUCCUUUCUUCACAACCCUACCUAAAGACAUGGAUGGCCUCACUUCCGACUUGGAGGCCACACGACGAAUGCCUCAGAAUGCCUCGAUAACUAGUGAAUCUGGAGACGUUCUUAGAAACAAUACACUUGAGGGCGAGAGAGACAAUACCUCGACCAGCGAGGUGCACAUACAACCUGACGAUGGCGAAUUGGCAGAACUACCGAAUCACCUCGCCGAUAACGACUCUAUACCAAGGCAGGAAACAACGAACGGGCUUCAAACCAACCAGGCUCAACCGUUUAAUCUAGCUGACCUGAGUCAGAUGUCAUUACCAGCGGAUGAUGGCAUGAGAUGCCUCAGGAACAAAAUACAUGCUAUCCGGGACCUGGAUCUAGGGAACAAUGAAAAGGCAAGAAUGGUCCACGAUUUGAUGACAGAAAACUAUAAGUCUUCUCGGCCAAUUCCACUCACGUCUCCAACGUUACCAUCGUCAAACCUGGACCCGCCCCUCAGUCCUUUAUCACCCGCUGGGAAAUUACCAGACCCCACUCCAAUGAGCCCGACGCUGCCAGAGUCUGACUACCAGGAUGAAGAAGUGUUUUCAGUCUCGGAGGAAGAUUUACAGCCCACAUAUGUACCAAAAAUAGAGUCCGAAUCGCCUGACUCGCCUGUGGCCGAGACAGGCGACGAGGAUCCGGAUACCGAAGAGUUAGACGGGGCGCAGCUAGGUUGUCAGCACUAUAUGCGAAAUGUAAAGCUCCAGUGCUUCACCUGUAAGAAAUGGGCUCCGUGUCGCUUUUGCCACGAUGAAACUGAAGAUCAUCAUUUGAUCCGCCGAGAAACGAAAAAUAUGCUGUGUAUGUUGUGUGGGCAUCCGCAGCCUGCAGACCAGAAUUGCAGGCAGUGCGGCGAGCAGAGUGCGCAAUACUAUUGCGAUAUCUGCAAACUCUGGGAUAACGACGGGAAAAAGAGCAUCUAUCAUUGUAACGAUUGUGGUAUAUGUCGGAUUGGACAGGGACUUGGGAAGGACUUUUUUCAUUGCAAAACAUGCUGCGUUUGUCUUCCCAUCUCGAUCGAAGAUACCCACCGAUGCAUCGAGAGAUCUACCCAGUGCGACUGUCCUAUUUGCGGAGACUACAUGUUCACUUCCCCGGAAACUGUUGUGGUGAUGCGAUGUGGCCAUAGCAUUCAUAAUAAAUGCCUGGGAGAAUAUUCCAAGAGCUCCUUUCGUUGUCCGAUCUGUAGUAAAACUAUCACCAACAUGGAGUCGACAUUUCGAAAUCUGGAUCGGACCAUCGAAAGCCAGCCUAUGCCCAGCGAGUUCAAAGACACCAACGGACUGAUUUAUUGCAAUGACUGUGGUGCAAAAUCAGUGGUCAAAUAUCAUUGGCUUGGCUUGAAAUGUGAUUUAUGUGAGUCUUACAAUACCGCCCAAAUUCGACUGCUACAGGGAGAUGUCUCUGCUGUGCUUGAGGAAGAAGGCGUCAACGAUCCUCCGGCUCGAGCCCGAGCAGCAUCCUUGAGUACGGGCGAGGAUGCGACUGCAUCACUAGCAGCACUGCACCUCAGUGCGAACCCGGCACCUCAGGCCCGACUCGGCGUAUCAUCGGCUGGUGGGUCAGAUCAAAGACAUAUCUCUUACAAUAUGACUCGUGGUCGAGCAAUUUCGCCCGUUGUUAGCAAUUAUUUUGGUCUCCCCACAGAGCGGGAAUCGGAGAAACCUUCCUCUAUGCCAUUCUUUGGAAGCAUGUCUCGAACGGACAACGAUACCGAUUUUGGCGCAUUGAACUUUUUAAGCAAGAAGCUUCGAGACCACUAUGGAUUCCUUGCAGGUGAUACAGCAGUGGAGGGGGUGUUAGAGGCAGACGAGGAAGAUGAAGAUGAAGAGGAUGAGGAAGAAGAGGAGGAUGAUGAUGAUGUUGAUGCAGAGUCUUCAACCUCCUCGGUCCCAGGCGAGCAAGAAGAAAAUGAAGAGGACGAAGACGAAAUUGACAUUUUUGGCCAUCGAUGA